UAUAUAAUCAUCAAUCGACUGCUUCAUUCGGUUAUUUUUUCAAUAUAACAUUGUGAUUUUUGAGUUUUAUGUUCCCGCCAGACGUUGACAAUCGGUUAUUUGAUUUUUCAGUGUGGUGUAUGCCGUGGAGCGGUGUAGUUAUGGUCUCACAGAAGAAAUUGAUUAGUUUGUUUAUAAACACUCUUUGACUCAACUACCUGAUUUUCAAGUGUUGAACAAUUUUGUGAGAUACAACGAUAAGACUGCAUACCCAAGACUGAAUAUAACCGUUGCCGUUCCAUUCUGAAUCUGUGAAACCAUGGACAGCGGGGACUGCGAGACAGAGGAGGAUUCUGCUCCAGAGGCGUGCGUCUCGCCCGAGGGAGGGCCGCUCUUGCCCAGCAACAGCAGGGAGCAGCGAAACAGAGCAGAAAAACAAAGGAGGGAUAAACUGAACGCAUACAUCGCAGAACUGGCAAGACUAGUGCCGAUGGUGUCCAGGAGUUCGAAGAGAAUGGACAAAACAAGUAUUCUCAGACUGACAGCGACUUAUAUGAGAAUCAAUCAGACUUUAAUGCAGAGCAAAGAUGGUCAAAGUAUGCAGUUUCCAAAACACGUCGACCAAUAUAUUUUGGAGCAACUAGUGUGUGAACAAAUGGGAGGAUUCCUUCUAGUUCUAUUAUCGACAGGAAAAAUCGUGUUUAUAUCACACACGGUUGAGAAUUUAUUGGGACAUUUACAGACUGAUCUCAUGGGCCAAUCCAUUUUCAACAUCACCUCUCCCGAAGACCACGAACGGUUGAGGACUUAUUUGCAGUGUGAGGGUGACGUGGAUCGAGAGUGGAAGAAAUACUUCAGCGUCAGACUGAAGAGGGCCGGCCCUCGUUCGGAAUCGGCCGUUUACGAGCCGGUUCGCAUGAUGGGGAUGCACAAGCCGGCAGGUUACCCCGAACUGAAUCACAAUUCACCGUCGUCAAGCAGUAGUAGUAGUUCAUCGUCGACGUCGAGUGGUUUGAAUAAUAGUAUAAUGGUGUUGUUCGUGAAGAUUUGUCAACCAGAGCCUUUGGUGGAGUUGUUGAUAGAAGCUUCCAAAGAGGAAUACAUGACGAGGCACCUUAUAGACGGUCGCAUAAUAGGUUGCGACCAAAGAAUAUCAACGGUGGCGGGAUAUAUGAUAGACGAGGUUACAGGGGACUCGGCGUUCAAAUACAUGCAUCGGGAUGAUGUACGCUGGGUUAUCAUUGCCUUGAGACAGAUGUAUGAUAGAGGUGAAAGCAGAGGAUCUUCGUGCUAUCGACUGCAGUCUAGGAAUGGACAAUUCAUAUUCCUGAAGACGUACGGUUUCUUAGAAAUAGACGAGCAAGGUACUGUCGAAAGUUUUGUGUGUGUAAAUACAUUGGUGACCCAAAGAGAGGGCAUGCAGCUGAUUGACGAUAUGAAAAAGAAAUAUUCGGCGAUUAUCAACAGCCCAACUGAAGAGGAGGAAGCUUUGGUGCCAUCAAGCAACGGAUCCAUCGAUUUGGUAGAGGACCCCGAACAAGUCGACCAGGCCGUCGCGCAGCUGAUGAGCAACCUGCCGUCCCCCGGCUCCGAAUAUUGCUCAACCCCCAGCCCGCAGGUCCAUUACGAGAACCAAGACUGUACCACUUCCUUGACUGAUAACUCUCCGAACCGACACCAGGUCAAAUUCAAGACUGUCGCUCCGAAAAGGCCCAACUGCACGGAUACUCAAUUCAACGGCUUCAACAAGCGGAAGAAAACGACGCCGCCCCCGCUGAUGUCGCCCGUCCACAGGGCCAUCGCGCAAAUGUCCCCCGUUAGUCCGCUGAACGUAAAGGUCAAUCACCCGGAAGGCAUCAGCGUGACAGCAUUCAAAAAUCUGAAAACUCAAACGUGAAGGCGACUCCGCUAACAGUGUAAGUUGAUGAUGACAUUCAACGCAUCGGGAUGAAAAACAGUCCAACAACCAGGAAGGGAUCUCAUCAGGCACAGUCAGAACCCAAGAAAAGGAUAAAUACUACACGAGGAAUACAUCCGACGAUCAGAACUUUCACCCCAGUACUUGCUAGCAGGGUCCACAACCCGGCAAAAAAUUGUAGGGUUGUAGUGUUGACACCAAGUAAUUUUAUCUGUUAGUUCAUUCUACAGAAUUUAAAUUCUUUCGAGAGGUUAUUUUGGACCGAAAGCACAAAACUGCUUUCUAAACGGAAGUGACAUAACUACGAGUGUUGAAAAAUAGCUUGAAGUAAAUUGAGACUAAAGGAUUAAAAGAUUAUUUUUUUAUUCCACCGCAAGAUGUCUAAUGACCUUUUCAUUUACUUCAUUCUUGCCUAAUGAAUAUCAAACCUAUACUAAAUUUCUAGAAUUUCAAUUUCUGUUAUGGAAUUAUUUUCAAAAUUCAACACUGGAGGUGUUGGUAAGCAGUCGUUAUGUUUAUUCUGAACCUGGUUGUUGGCAGAUACCUGCUUGUAAGCAGGUAUCUUUUUGGACUACUUGUAAGCAGGUAUCUUUUUGGACUGUUUGUAAGCAGGUAUCUUUUUGGACUACUUGUAAGCAGAUAUUAUCAAUCUUAGCAGAUAUAAUAAACCGCGGUUGCUUUUAAGCAAAUAUUUACGAUAUCAUUUGCUUUUAAAAUAUGUCCUCUUUCUUCGAUAUCUACUUGUAAGCGGACAUUAUCGUCCGCUCCGUUCAACAGUGCGUAUCUACUUCUAAGCAAAUGUUAUCAACAACGUCAGCUUGUAAGCAGAUAUUAUCUUCGACAUCAAAUUCAAACAGAUGUAACCAGACGUUAUCAACACGAUCUUUUUCCUGCCUACUUGUAAGCAGAUCUCAAUCUCAUCUGCUCGUGAGCAGACAUUGUAAAUCACAUUCAAGCAGAUGUUAAUCACUGAUUUAUAAAGUCUGUUCAUAAACAUAAGCAGACGUUAUAAAUCAGUUUAUAAAUUGAUUACAGUCUGCUUACAAUCAGACGUGAUUCAAUUCUGCUUACAUAUGCUCAAAGUAGAUGUGAUUUAUUCAUCAAUUCAUAAAAUAAUUUGCAACAUCUGCUGAAAGAGUAUUUAUACUCAAUAACGAAUCAAUUCAUAAAUCGAUUGCAGUCUGCUUACAAUCAGACGUGAUUUAAUUCUGCUUAUAUAUGCUCUAAGUAGAGGUGAUUCAUUUAUCAAUUCUUAAAAUGAUUUGUAACAUCUGCUGAAAGACAAUAUAUAAUUGAUAACAACUGCUCACAAAUCAUUUCGUAAAUUGAUUACAAUCACUCAAUCAAUCAAAUAUACUUUAUUGUUUGACAUACUACAGUCUGCUUACAAUCAGACGUGAUUUAAUUCUGCCUACAUAUGCUCAGAGUAGAUGUGAUUUAUUCAUCAAUUCAUAAAAUGAUUUGUAACAUCUGCUGAAAGAGUAUAUAUAAUUGAUAACAACUCUUACAAAUCAAUUCAUAAAUCAAUUAUAGUUUGCUUACAAUCAAACGUGAUUUAAUUCUGCUUACAUAUGCUCAAAGUAGAUGUGAUUUAUUCAUCAUUUCAUAAAGUGAUUUCUAACAUCUCUGAAAGAGUAUAUAUAAUUGAUAACAACUACUUACAAAUCAAUUCAUGAAUCGAUACAGUCUGCUUACAAUCAGAAGUGAUUCAAUUCUGCUUAUAUAAGCUCAAAGUAGAGGUGAUUUAUUUAUCAGUUUAUAAAUUCAUUUGUAUGUCUACUCAAAAAGUAUAAUUGAUAACAACUGCUUACAAUUAGACGAGAUUGAAGUCUGCUUACAUCUGCUUAAAUAGUCCUGAUUGAUAACAUCUGCUUAUUGCUACGUAUGUUGAAAGUCUAUGUAAUCAUAAGCAUAUAUGAUCGAUAACAAUUGCUUACAAACAGACAUGAUCAGUAGAUCUUCUUACAAGAGAAUGUGAUUAAUAAUAUUACUAUUUGCUAACAAGCAGGCCAUGUUGAUAUUAUUUGCUCACAUUAGCACAUGAUUGUACUUUCAGCUGACGUGAAUACUUGUAAGCGAACAUGAUGACAUCUGCUUACAAGCUGACGUGGUUUAUAACAGCUGCUCAGAAAUAAAUGUGAUUGAAUAUCUGUGUUAACAAGAAGCCAGGAUGAUCACGUAUGCUUACAAGGUGUAAAACACUGGGCAUCUGGUCACAAACAGACUUAAUUAAUGAUGCCUGCUAUCGAACAGACUAGAAUAUCUGUCUGCAAGCAGACAUGAUUAAUGAAUCUGCUUACAUGAGAAUGUGAUCGAUAAUGUCAGCUUACAAGCAGAUAUGAUUGACGUCUGCUUAGAUAUCAUGGCUAGCUGUUAACAAGCAUUCUACUUACACAAAGGUAUGAUUGCACUUGCAGCUACUAUCAAACAGACUAGAAUAAUAUCUGUCUACAAGCAGACAUGAUAAAUGAAUAUGCUUACAUGAGAAUGUGAUCUAUAAUGUCAGCUUACAAGCAGAUAUGAUUGACGUCUGCUUAGAUAUCAUGGCUAGAUGUUAACAAGCAUUCUAUUUACACAAAGGUAUGAUUGCACUUGCAGCUACUAUCAAACAAACUAGAAUAAUAUAUGUCUGCAAGCAGACAUGAUUAAUGAAUCUGCUUACAUGAGAAUGUGAUCGAUGUCAGCUUACAAGCAGAUAUGAUUGACGUCUGCUUAGACAUCAUGGGCUAGCUAUUAACAAGCAUUCUACUUACACAAAGGUAUGAUUGCACUUGCAGAUACUAUCAAACAGAGUAGAAUAAUGUCUGUUUGCAAGCAGAUGUGAUUAAUGAGAAUGUGAUAGAUAAUGUCAGCUCACAAGCAGAUAUGAUUGACAUCUGCUCAAAUAUCCUGGAUAUCUGUUAACAAGCAUUUUACUUACACAAAGGUAUGAUUGAACUUGUAGCCAACAUGAAUACUUGAUAGGGAACACGAUGACAUCUGCUUACAAGCAGACGUGGUUGAUAAUAUUUGUUCAGAAGCAGAUGAAAUAUCUGCUUACAAGAAGUAAGGAAACGGUACAACUUACAAGCAGUCUGCUUGUAAGGAGACAUCUGCUAGAUGAAAAGAUGUAGAUAUUCUAAAUAAUGUCCAAGGUGCUUUAGGCAUCAGCAAAGAACACAUAGGCACAUAUGAAGGGAUAGUUGAAAUUUCAGCAUUGAAAAAGUACAGUACUUUUGGACCAAGGUUUUUAGACAUCUUUUGUUGCGUUUUUUUACAUAGGUUUUUUUUCGAUGGUAUCAAUGUAUCGUAUCGGUAUUCCCCACCUAUGAAAUCAUUGAGAGUUGUACAGUAAUCAUCAUAUACAUACAAUGUAACAGAAAACAUCGAAUUUCGUGAAUCACCUUUUCACAAAAAGCCGUAUUUGCUGUUCCCGAUAUUUUUCUUGCAGAAACAAUUUGAAAUGUCAAUAUAUCAGCACGACCAACUGAUUAAAAAUUCGAGUAAUGUGUAAUAUUCAAAGAGACUGAUUGAUUAAGGCCAUACUUAAGGAUGUAACGUCUCCCACACACAAAGACUUGACUAGGAAUUUUUAAAGAAAUAUAUAUGUGUGGACGGUGUUGAUUCAGUGUUAUAUAUUCAAAAAUAUAUACAAUACAUGAAAACCUGAUUAAUGUUAAGGUAAAAUUCGUCUUAUUUUAUGAUUGCAAUUAGGAUAAAGACUUGUACAGAUUUUUUAAUAUUCUCGUAACAUUUAAUACAUUCUAGGAAAUAAUUAUAGUGAAUCUGUGAUGAAAAUUGUUUAUGUUAAUUUUAAGGGUCUGUUUUGUACAAAAAUAAUACAGAAAUUUCGUACUCGGGAACUUGUAAUAUUUCUGGUUUCACGCACAAGGUGGUCACUUCUAAAAAGCUAUUCGGGAACUUUUGUUUCGGUAAAAAAGGAGAUUCAAUAUCGACAAACCUCGAAAUUUCGGGCUUAAUUCCGAAAUUUCACUCGACAUUAUGACUUUGAACUCGAAAUUCUGUCUUUUUAAUGUUCAAUCGCGAAAUUCUUACUUUUUAACUCAAAAUCACGACUUUAAAUUCGAAAUUUCGACUUUUUAACCAAAAAUUACGACUUUUAUCUCGUAAUUUCUAAAUGACGACCUAAAUCUCGAAGUUUCGCCCUCAAAUUUCAACUUUUUAACUCGAAAUUACGACUAAAAACUCGGAUUUUGACUUUUUAACUCGGAUUUUGACUUUUUAACUCGGAAUCACAACUUGAAACUCGAAAUUACUUAUUUUCAACUCAAAACUACGGCAUUAAUCUCGAAAUUUCGACUUUUCAACUUGAAAUUCUCACUUGAAAUUUAAAAUUACGAUUUUGAUCUCGAAAUUCUGACUUUUUAACUGAAAACUACGACUUUAAAUUUGAAAUUUCGAGUUUUCAACUAAAAAUUACGACUUCAAUCUCGAAAUUUCGACUUUUUAACUUGAAAUUCUCCCUUGAAAUUUAAAAUUCCGCCUUUUCAACUAGAUAUUACGACUUAAAUCUCGAAAUUUCGACUUUUCAACUCGAAAUUAAGACUUAAAUCUCGAAAUUUCGACUUUUCAACUCGAAAUUAAGACUUAAGUCUCGAAAUUUCGUUUCAACUU